AUGAAUCCACAACAACAACCAGUUAACAACCACACAUUUGUUGAGACAAAGAAACGGGCGCUUGUUGAAAAGAUUUUUAAUAAGUUCCUUCGCCAAGACACACAAGUACACAGCGUUUCAGGUCCCAGUGGUUCUGUAAUGCAUAAUCUUGCCACCGGCUUACAAAAAAGGAAUUAUUUUCGAAGAGGCCCACAAAAUGUCUCAUUGGGGUGCGGAACAAGAGGAUGCAAGCAGAAAUUUAGCAACCAAGAAGAACUCGACCUUCAUUUAAACUAUUGUUCCGACUCUAUAUACAAUACUUUAUAA